UAAUUGAAAGCGGUGAUAUAAGAGUGAGCGCUAUGCAUCUCUACCGUUGCUCAGCCCGCUUUCCUUCACCGGGUGGACACACGUGUUUCGCGGGAGUUCUCGAAAGUGUCUGACAGCUCGCUGAGCUGCUACAACGGUGCCUGCCAUCAUGGAGGAGGGCAUCGUGAUGCACACCGUACGUCAGCUGAUGACCAUCAGGGAUCCGCGCACCAAGGAUUGGAAGCUCCUGCACAAUCCCAGCUUCAUCGUCCUCCUGUUGGGAGGUUACCUGUACAUGGCCAAAGUGUGGGGUCCCAAGUUCAUGAAGCAUCGGAAACCGUACGAGCUGAAAGGCAUCAUUCGAACUUACAACCUGUUUCAGGUGCUGUCAAACAUCUACUUCUUGUACAGGAUCAUCUACUACUCCUUCUGGGCGGCCGGUUACAGCCUGUUCUGCCAGGGCCUGACGUACAAAGCCGACGAGAACUCCCGGCAUCUCCUGAAUGCCUACUACUGGUACUUCCUCGUCCGCGUAGCCGACUUUAUGGACACGCUGUUCUUCGUGCUUACCAAGAAAUUCUCCCACAUAUCGGUGCUUCACGUGACCCACCACACCAUAGUCGUGUUCAACGGGUGGAUGUUUCUGCAGUUUGGCCCCGACGGACAGGCCGUGUUCGGUGUGUGCCUAAACGCCUUCGUGCACAUCAUCAUGUACGUCUACUACUUUCUCGCUUCCCUCGGCCCCUCCAUCCAGAAAUAUCUGUGGUGGAAGAGGUACCUGACCCGGAUACAGAUCGUACAGUUCUUCAUAAUGAUUGUUCACGCGUCUAUCCCAAUUUUCGUUGACUGCGGUUAUCCGGUCGUGUUGCUCUGCAUCGGAAUUCCACAAGUCAUCCUGAUCCUGGGCCUCUUCUUGAACUUUUACGUCCAGGCGUACCUUAGCCGCUCGUCAGGCGGUCCUCCCAGUACGCCAGCUCCUCGGCUACACAGCGAAAAUGGACACAGUCACCACGCUAACGGCAACAACGUGGACACGAAGAAAGAGUUGUAGAAAAUAGCCCUCACGUCGCGAGCCCUUUUUCCUAUUUUCGGUUGUGCAAUUUUUGAGACAGUAAGUUCAAAUGGGACCUGUAAGCUUUCAGGUGCUGUGGAGCAAACGUCCCGUCUUGUUUUCGUGUUGUGUUUGUGAAGAUUUUUGCGAACGCAUUUUUUUUUGGGUGACGCCCUUGGGCCCACUGAACUGUUGCGAGCGUGUAUGAGUGCCUGCUCGGAAGCGACAGGAGAGCGGCAGCACGCGAGCUUUACGCCCGCGUAAAACAUCUAACAGAGCGUGUUUUCUAUCGCCAUAAUCGAAUUGUGCGUACACAUUUCGCCAACGAUCACCGUAUAGGAGUUACAUUACACGUUAUUCGUGAUAUGUGAAGAAGCUACAUGGCAGUGUAAAUAAGCACGUGUUUAGCAAUGUACAGCUACAGAGGAAAAAGAUUAGCACAAGUGACCGAUGACCGGAGCAGGGAAAUUUCGGUACGUGGCGCUCUGGUUCCCGUGCACACCGGUAUCUAUAAAGUGCCAGAUGAUUCAUGUUUGAAAGAGGGAAUGCCUGACACUCUCGUGUUUGGCGUGCAAACGAACAACAUAGCCACGUACCGCAAUUUAUCUGCUUGGGUGAUCGGUCACUUGUGCCAAUCUUUUUCCGCAGCAGCUGUACAGCAUAUAAAGCUGCCAUAUGCACUCUUUGGCACCCUCGUCACUGAGAAUGUCUGCACUCUUGAUGUAUUUGUCUAUUUAAAAAAACAAGCCCUGACGCCAAGAGCUUUAAUACAUCCUGCUACACUGUGAUGAGCCAAAGAAACGAAAAAAAAAUACCGAUA